AAACCCGUCAUCCCGUCACCCUACACUUUACUUUAGUUUGCACUCCACUACCAGAUGGCACUCCACUACCAGUGUCUCAUCUUUUGUUGCUUAUCUUAUAUACAGAAUUCUCAUUUCUCUUAGUAUAUGUUCUGUGAGCAUCGCUGGAUCGCUGCUUCGAAUUUAUCAAAAACAAUCAUGGCGGAUGCUGCUGCGCGUCAGUUGCAGUACGAAUAUAAAGCGAAUUCUAAUCUCGUUUUACAAGCUGACGUCCGGUUAAUAGAAAGACGCAGCCGAGAUGAAGCAACUGGUGAGGUUGUGUCUCUCGUGGGCAAAUUGGAUGGCACACGUAUGGGUGAUAGAGCCCAGCGUACUAGACCUGGAAAAGCAGAGGAGAGGAAAGUAAAGCGACAAAAACGUGAUGAAGCACAGUAUGACUUUGCUCGUAUGAAAGGAGCAACAUUAUUAUCUGAAGGAGUAGAUGAAAUGGUUGGUAUUUUUUAUCGUCCAAAAACACAAGAGACACGUCAAACUUAUGACGUAUUGCUCAGUUUUAUACAAGAAGCUCUAGGUGAUCAACCACGUGAUAUUCUUUGUGGUGCAGCUGAUGAAGUAUUAGCUGUUUUAAAAAAUGAUCGACUUAAAGAAAAAGAGAAGAAAAAGGAAACGGAGCUUUUACUUGGUUCAUUAGCAGAAGAAAGGUUUGCAUUGCUUGUAAAUCUUGGUAAAAAGAUUACAGAUUUUGGCAGUGAUGAGAAAAAUACAACAAAUGAUGAAAAUAUUGAUGAAACAUAUGGAAUCAAUGUACAAUUUGAAGAGAGUAGUGAGGAGGAUGAUGAGGAUAUCUAUGGAGAAGUUAGAGAAAAUGAUGAUGAAGGAGAUGAAGGAGAAGAAGCUAAUGAUGAUAGAGCUAUUCAUGCAGAAAACUUAGGUGGAACAGAAGAAAUGAAAAAAGAAAAGCCAUUACAUCCUUUAGAUAUAGAUGCAUAUUGGUUGCAAAGAAGUUUGAAAAAGACGACGAUGUAUGCCGAUGCCAUGGAUUCACAAGAUAAGGCUGCCGAGGUAUUAGCUAUCUUAAAAGAUGCUGCAGACGAUCGUGAAUGUGAAAAUCAGCUUGUACUUCUAUUAGGCUAUGAUUGCUUUGAUUUCAUUAAACAACUCAAAAAAUACAGGCAUACAGUUGCGUACUGUACGAUGCUGGCCUCAUCGCAAUCUGAAUCAGAAAGACAAAAAAUUCGUAACAAGAUGAACGAUGAUCCGGUGCUUGCCAAAAUCUUGCGGCAAUUGGAUACAGGUAAAGGCGAGGAUAAUGCCGACGAGACAAUGGAAGCGAGAUCGCAGCGUAAAAGGCGGGAAGAAAAUGAAGAUACGGGUGGACCUGGAGGGCAGGUUCAAGGUACAAGAAAUUCGAUAGAGUUGAAAGAUUUGAUAUUUGCUCAGGGAAGCCAUUUUAUGGCAAACAAACGUUGUCAAUUACCAGAUGGAAGUUUCCGAAAACAGCGAAAAGGAUAUGAAGAGGUUCAUGUUCCCGCUCUAAAACCAAAACCGUUUGCGGAAAAUGAGAAACUGCAUCCAAUCGAACAAUUGCCCAAGUAUGUGCAACCUGCUUUCGAAGGUUUCAAAACACUGAAUCGAAUACAAAGUCGCUUAUAUCAAACAGCGUUGGAAAGCGAUGAAAAUUUAUUGUUGUGCGCUCCAACGGGAGCUGGCAAAACCAACGUAGCUUUGUUGUGCAUGAUGCGUGAAAUUGGGAAACAUAUAAAUGCUGAUGGUACCAUUAAUGCGGACGAAUUCAAAGUAAUUUACGUCGCUCCGAUGCGUUCACUGGUGCAAGAAAUGGUGGGUAAUUUCCGCAAACGAUUAUCAACGUACAAUUUGACCGUAUCCGAAUUGACGGGCGAUCAUCAGUUGACACGAGAGCAGAUUGCUGCUACUCAAGUAAUAGUGUGUACCCCAGAAAAGUGGGAUAUUAUAACAAGAAAAGGUGGCGAGAAAACCUUUACAUCAUUAGUACGAUUAAUUAUAAUUGAUGAGAUCCAUUUGUUGCAUGAUGAGAGAGGUCCUGUUUUAGAGGCAUUAGUAGCAAGAACGAUACGAAAUAUUGAAACUACCCAAGAAGAUGUACGACUUGUCGGUUUAUCAGCUACACUACCUAAUUAUCAAGAUGUUGCAGCAUUUUUGCGUAUUAAACCAGAAACAGGAUUAUUCUAUUUUGACAACAGUUUUCGACCUGUAGCUUUGGAACAACAGUAUAUCGGUGUCACCGAGAAAAAAGCACUAAAACGCUUUCAGGUGAUGAACGAGAUUGUCUACGAGAAAACCAUGGAACACGCCGGCAGGAACCAAGUACUCAUAUUCGUGCAUUCGCGUAAAGAAACCGGAAAAACAGCACGUGCUAUUCGAGAUAUGUGCUUGGAAAAGGACACUCUGGGUCAAUUCCUUAGAGAAGGUUCCGCAUCGAUGGAGGUUUUGAGAACAGAAGCCGAGCAAGUAAAGAACCAGGAACUUAAGGAUCUACUACCAUAUGGCUUUGCAAUUCAUCACGCUGGUAUGACUCGAGUAGACCGUACACUGGUGGAGGAUCUCUUUGCCGAUAGACAUAUACAAGUUCUCGUGUCUACAGCAACUUUAGCCUGUGUCAACUUGCCGGCUCACACAGUUAUUAUCAAGGGUACCCAGAUAUACAACCCGGAAAAGGGCAGGUGGGUGGAACUAGGUGCUUUAGAUGUGUUGCAAAUGCUGGGACGAGCCGGUCGACCGCAAUACGAUACGAAAGGCGAAGGUAUACUUAUCACAAAUCACAGUGAAUUGCAAUACUAUCUAUCACUUCUAAAUCAACAACUACCCAUCGAAUCCCAAUUAAUCAGCAAAAUGUCCGACAUGUUGAAUGCAGAGGUAGUAUUGGGCACGAUCCAGAAUAUCAGAGAUGCAGUUACCUGGCUUGGCUAUACUUACCUUUACAUCAGAAUGCUUCGCUGCCCGAAUCUGUAUGGGAUAAGUCACGACAAAUUAAAGCAGGAUCCUUUGUUGGAAUUGCACAGAGCUGAUCUAAUUCAUUCGGCUGCAGUUGAAUUAGAGCACAGUAGCUUAAUCAAGUACGAUCGCAAAUCUGGCAAUUUUCAGGCAAGCGAAUUGGGCAGAAUAGCGUCUCACUAUUAUUGCACACAUGAAACGAUGGCUACGUAUAAUAAGCUGUUGAAGCGUACGAUGAGUGAGAUAGAAUUGUUCCGAGCGUUUUCGCAAUCAGGCGAGUUUAAAAAUAUAACUGUCAGGGAAGAAGAAAAAUUGGAAUUGCAAAAACUAAUGGAAAGAGUACCGAUACCGGUGAAAGAAAGCAUCGAGGAGCCAAGCGCAAAAGUGAACGUGUUAUUGCAGGCGUACAUUUCGCAAUUGAAACUCGAAGGAUUCGCUCUCAUGUCCGAUAUGGUGUUCGUGACACAGUCCGCUUCGCGUCUCAUGAGAGCCAUCUUCGAGAUAGUUCUGUUCCGCGGUUGGGCGCAAUUGGCGGAUAAGUGUCUGUCUCUCUGCAAGAUGAUCGAUCGCAGGAUGUGGCAAUCGAUGUCACCGCUCAGACAGUUCCGCAAAAUGCCGGAAGAGAUCGUCAAGAAAAUCGAAAAGAAGAACUUUCCUUGGGAGAGGCUGUAUGAUCUCGGUCCCAAUGAGAUCGGUGAAUUGAUCCGUGUGCCCAAGUUAGGCAAAACAAUCCAUAAAUAUGUCCACCAGUUUCCGAAACUAGGCUUAUCUACGCAUAUUCAGCCGAUCACGCGUUCUACUCUACGAGUCGUUCUGACUAUCACUCCAGAUUUCCAAUGGGACGAAAAGGUCCACGGUAUGUCGGAAGCAUUUUGGAUCUUAGUCGAGGAUGUAGAUUCAGAAGUAAUACUGCACCACGAGUACUUCCUACUGAAGGCCAAGUACGCGGCUGAUGAACAUGUAAUCAAAUUCUUCGUACCGGUCUUCGAGCCUUUGCCGCCGCAAUAUUUUUUGCGCGUAGUGUCCGACCGAUGGAUUGGCGCAGAGACACAAUUGCCAGUGAGCUUCCGGCAUCUGAUAUUACCUGAGAAGAAUUUACCUCCUACGGAACUGCUAGAUCUACAAGCGUUGCCAAUCACGGCGCUUCGAAAUACUAAAUUCGAGAACAUCUAUUCCGAUUUUCGGCAAUUUAAUCCAAUCCAGACGCAAGUGUUCAACGCAGUUUACAAUUCCGACGAUAAUGUAUUCGUUGGAGCGCCCACGGGUUCGGGAAAGACGACUAUCGCGGAAUUUGCGGUACUAAGAUUAUUGACGCAGAAUCCGGAUGGUCGAUCCGUGUAUAUGGUAAGCAAGGAAGCUUUAGCCGAAUUGGUGUAUGCCGACUGGGCAGUAAAAUUUGGUCAACAGCUGGGAAGAAAAGUUGUCCUACUGAGCGGUGAAACUGGAACGGAUCUAAAACUACUGGCCAAAGGACAAAUCAUUAUCACCACAGCGGAUAAAUGGGACGUUCUAUCGCGUAGGUGGAAGCAGCGCAAAAAUGUACAGAACAUUCAAUUGUUUAUUGUGGACGAACUGCAAUUAAUCGGUGGCGAGGAGGGACCUGUUCUGGAAGUUGCAUGUUCGCGAGCACGUUACAUCUCCUCACAGCUCGACAAACCCACUAGGAUAAUAGCACUAUCGGCUUCGUUGGCCGAUGCCAAAGACGCCGCGCAAUGGUUGGGUGCACCAGCAGCAGCAACUUUCAAUUUCCAUCCUUCUGUACGACCAGUACCUCUAGAAUUGCACGUGCAGGGUAUAAACGUUACCCAUAAUGCAUCAAGAUUAGCUGCCAUGGCGAAACCGGUAUAUAACGCAAUUCUCCGACAUGCUGCGCACAAACCGGUGAUCGUGUUUGUACCUACUCGUCGACAGGCGAGAUUAACAGCCAUCGACUUGUUGACAUUCACGGCGGCUGAAGGUCAACCCUCGAGAUUUUUCCAUGCAGAAGAGGCCGACAUUAAACCGUUCCUUGACCGAAUGACUGACAAAACCUUGAAGGAGACUCUGUCUCAAGGCGUAGCUUAUCUUCAUGAGGGUUUAUCAACCGACGAUCGUCGUUUAGUCGAGCAAUUAUUCGACAGUGGUGCUAUCCAAGUGGCGGUUGCCACGAGGGAUCUUUGUUGGGGUUUGUCUAUCAGCUCUCAUCUCGUCGUAGUCAUGGACACGCAGUGUUACAAUGGCAAGACGCAUGCCUACGAGGAUUAUCCGAUCACAGAUGUUUUACAAAUGGUAGCGCGAGCUAAUCGUCCACUGGAGGAUAAGGACGCCAAAUGCGUGCUCCUGUGUCAAAGCUCAAAAAAGGAUUUCUUUAAAAAGUUCCUAAACGAACCACUACCAGUGGAGAGUCAUCUGGAUCGUAGGCUACACGAUCAUUUUAACGCAGAGAUCGUAACAAAGACGAUCGAAAACAAACAAGACGCAGUCGAUUAUCUCACAUGGACAUUCCUGUAUCGACGGCUCACACAAAAUCCUAAUUAUUACGGCCUGCAAGGCGUCACGCAUCGGCAUCUCUCAGAUCACUUAUCUGAACUAGUCGAAAGCACGUUGACUGACCUGGAACAAGCCAAGUGCGUAGCAGUAGAAGAUGAGAUGGAUACUUUACCACUCAAUCUGGGAAUGAUCGCCGCUUAUUAUUAUAUUAAUUAUGCUACUAUUGAAUUGUUCAGCCUGUCUCUGAACAACAAGACAAAGAUUAGAGGUUUGUUAGAAAUUAUUUCAGCAGCCGCCGAGUAUGAGAGUGUUCCAGUGCGACAAAGGGAAGAAAAUUUAUUGAGAAGUUUAGCUGCGCGUUUACCUCAUGCACCACAAGCAACUAGAAUGGCUGAUCCUCAUGUAAAGGCGCAACUUCUCUUGCAAGCUCACUUAUCGAGGAUACAGCUGGGGCCAGAAUUGCAGAAAGACACCGAGUUGGUGUUGGGUAAGGCUGUGAGAUUAAUACAAGCUUGUGUAGAUGUGCUAAGCUCUUCCGGAUGGCUCGCGCCUGCCGUCGCCGCUAUGGAGCUUGCGCAGAUGGUGACGCAGGCAAUGUGGUCCAAGGAUUCUUACUUGAAGCAGUUGCCGCACUUCACGACAGAAACAAUUAAGCGUUGCACCGACAAGGGCGUGGAGACUGUAUUUGAUGUGAUGGAACUUGAGGACGAUGAUCGAAAUCGACUAUUGCAAUUAACAGACGCGCAGAUGGCAGACGUGGCUAAGUUCUGCAACCGAUAUCCCAAUAUCGAGAUGUCAUACGAGGUGCAGGAAAAGGACAAAUUGCACAGCGGUGGCACGGUGAACGUAAUCGUACAAUUGGAACGAGAAGACGAAGUAACCGGCCCGGUGGUCGCACCGUUCUUCCCGCAAAAACGCGAGGAAGGCUGGUGGGUCGUGAUUGGUGAUCCGAAAAGCAAUUCACUACUCUCCAUCAAGCGACUGACACUGCAACAGAAAGCGAAGAUCAAGCUGGACUUUGUUGCGCCAGCACCUGGCCAGCAUUCCUACACUUUGUACUUUAUGAGCGAUGCUUAUCUGGGUUGUGAUCAAGAAUAUAAAUUCAUCAUUAAUGUCGGGGAGUAUGAGUCGGAUGCAAGUUCCGGUUCUGAUUCUGAUUAAGGUCAUUAAACUUGAUACAUUCUAUUUAUAUAGUAUAUGUAUAAUAUCUAUUUUUGUGUAUCUCGUAU